AUGGGUUUGAAUCGUACGUCUGCAGCCAUUCUCAUUUGGCGUCUUUAUGCCAUAUGCGAUCAAUCCAAGCUCCUGCUUUAUGUUCUGGUGGGAUUGUUCUUGCCUAUCGCCGCCCUCUCAAUUGGGACGGACAUCUAUCUAUACAGUCGACAUAGUGCGUUUUCAGUGAAAGAAAUCAUAACUCCGAACGCCAAGUACUGCACCCUUUCCUUCAACAUCGGACCUAUGCCUGCGAUCUAUACUUCCAUCCCGAUUGUAUGCUAUGAUAUCUUAUUAGUUGUUCUUGCAGCUGCCAUCCUCGCAAGGCACCUUAAGGAACGAAGAGGGAUUCGAGUGAGGGCUAAUUCAUAUAUGAUCAUGAUAGUUCGGUAUCAUAUUCUGUGUUUUGCCCUGAAUUUGACAAACCAAAUCUUAUUGGUCAUAUUAUGGGCUCACAUUCCGACCCCGGCGAUGAGUAUCUCAGAAUUCUUCAAUGAUACUGCGCCAUUUAUUCUCGCGCCCCGUCUCAUCAUCAGUAUUUGGGAUACGCAUGCCCACGAUGACUGCGUAGAAGUCAGUACAACAUUCGAGGAUUGUGUAUGUUGGACUUCACCACUGAGGUUCGAGCAGCACGAGAUGGACUCGGUUGUCGUGUAAUUCUGGCGUGCUCGGGCUAGUUCCUCAGUAUGAAGAAAAAGUGAACGGGGUCGAGUGAGGUAAAUUUAUGAAUAAACAACUUAGAGCUUUGUGUAGCACCUAAUAGUGUAAUAC